UAAAAUGAGUUUGUAUAUGGAGUAACGCAUGCUUGUUAUACUCACUGUGGAACCUAAGGGGUUAAUACUUCACAUCUUGGUAAAAUUCUGUUUUAUCCUGUCUUGUUUGAGCCUUGGGGGCAAGCUGCACAUGCUCAGUUUGGUGUGUAUUGCUGGAGAGCUUUUUUUUUCUUUGGGAGGGUGCAUGUAAUCAGCACAGGGCCAAUCAGCACUGUGCAAACAGAGUGUCAGUGGUUAUGAAGCUUCAUAGGGCAGUCAAAGCAGAAACUCCUCCCAUUAUGAGAAAAGGUAUUCAGCCUGGCUACUAGCUCAGGACUUAAAAUUUUAAGCCCUGGUUUAUAUUUACUAAAAUAAUUGCAUUUCCAUGUUGUGUGUACUGUGGGAGACCAGAUAUAGUGAAU